AUGUAUUAUAUUACAGGACUGGGCGAUGGUUGGGGUACACUCCCGCCCACUCCCAACCCGCAUGAGAUGGCAAUCAAAGAGCUGGGAUCGCAUUUACUUCAGACCCUGGACGGUUUCGUAUUCGUGGUGGCACCGGACGGCAAAAUCAUGUACAUAUCGGAAACGGCGUCCGUGCACCUAGGACUAUCACAAGUGGAGCUGACGGGCAACAGUAUAUUCGAGUACAUACACCCGGCCGACCACGACGAGAUGACCUCGGUGCUCAAUCUGUACCCCCCUUUCCAGGCACACACCCACUCAUCAAAUAUGGCUCAAACCGACUUCGAGGUCGAGAAAUCGUUUUUCUUACGGAUGAAGUGUGUGUUGGCUAAGCGUAACGCCGGCCUCACCUCCGGUGGAUAUAAGGUGAUUCACUGCAGCGGCUAUCUGAAAGUAAAACACUACAGUAUGGAUCAGUCGCCGUACGAUAUAUGCUACCAGAACCUGGGGCUGGUAGCCGUGGGCCACUCCCUACCUCCCAGUGCAAUCACCGAAAUUAAGAUGUAUAGCAAUAUGUUCAUGUUCAGGGCCAGUUUGGAUCUCAAAUUGAUAUUUUUGGACGCGAGAGUGUCUCAUUUGACUGGCUAUGAGCCGCAAGAUUUGAUUGAAAAAACUCUUUACCAUUACAUACAUGGAAGUGAUAUCCAAAACAUGAGAUUUUCACAUCAGACUCUGCUGACCAAAGGUCAGGUGACGACUAAAUACUACCGUUUUUUGUCCAAACCCUACGGCUGGGUGUGGAUGCAAUCGUACGCCACUAUAGUCCACAAUAGUAGGUCAUCCCGGCCUCACUGUAUAGUAUCUGUGAAUUAUGUCUUAAGUGAAGCGGAAGUACGGGAAUACCAGCUCCAGUUGGAUCAGGUCGAGGGUCACUACAGUCGCGAGUCGUUAGCAUACAACAAAUCAAAGCCCACCAGAAAUAAAAACAAUAGGCGCUCCCCGUAUACGACUACCACCACCACCACCCCCGCCGCCACAUCCAGCAAUACAUCCAACGAUAAUACAUUCACCACCGAUGGCCACACCAUUAGCACCGCCGAUACCGGGGCUAUAGUUCCCAACUUCAGUGAACUUAAUGCUAAUCAAUGCAUGAAUUUCGGUGUCUAUGACGAGAGGGCUAACCAGUGGACGGGCCUUAACCCACGAUCCCUGAGCUAUGCAUUCAAUUACGACAAUAGUCUGUAUUAUUUCGGCGAACACGAGGACAGGUAUAGGGCGACGGCGCCGGCACUCAUCGCCCACGACAUCACCGCAUACCAGCCGUACUGUCCGCUGGAGACGGCUUUCCACGAGUCAAACCCGUCACCGGAUAACGGCGCCCAAAACGGUCACAUCCCAGCCCCGGAGGACAGUAGUGUCAGGGGCUAUACGGAGGGCAACCUAAAUGUGUUGCGAAACGGUAGCCCAGACGACGACAUACAACGAAUCAAUCCAUUGUUACCGUCGAUGAGGAACGGGAAGAACAUCUUCGCCGAAGUGCUGCUCCGGAAUGUCUACUCAGACGCCGAUAACAAUAACAGUGCGGACAUGCUGUCCACCACUACCGCCGGCACCGGUAUCAACGGGAACGACACACUCAUGCCGUACGGCAAACCCAUAGCCAUAGCCAGCGAUAUAUCAUCUAAUUCUUCGUCGUCCUCAUCAGACAUCAGUGCAAUCAAUACGGAUGCGAACGGAAAGGGAUCUGUCAUUAAGUACCUGUCGGACGGCACGGCCUACACGACCGCCGCUAGUCAUCUGAAGUAUUUCGCUGAUCACAGCCCUCCCGGUGCCGCACAACAGCACCCGAACUCAUCAUUCCUGAGCCAUAGUAGCGUAGGGCUGGAGGACAGGGAGGCAUCGCUGGGCGCCGUGGGAUCUCCCUAUACGUCGGUGAUAGUCGAGGCCCAACACUACCAGCCCUUCGCCAGCGGUUAUGUUCAAUGAGUGGUGUUUUUCACAUCCAUUUCCACUUUGUUUUCUCUUUCUAUCCCUAUCUCUAUCUGUUAUGACUAUCUGUUUUCAACAACUUUUAGCAAAUAAUUAAUUGAUU